CAUCAUAUUAAAGUCAUGUAGAACGUCAGAUUGACAUCAAAUUUACAUCAAAUGUCGUGACAUUGCUAUGACCUACGUAUGACGUCAAAAUAAGGUCAUGUGUUCACUGGGUUAAUCGACUGAAUCCUGUGGCUAUAACUAAAGACUUGGUUGAUAUUGUUUAUGGAAUGCAAGACAAUAAAGAAGGUAACAUUUCUGUUAUUACAAUAGAUGCCAAAUUAAACUGGAAGAAAUACGAAUAUGAUUCAAAUUUGAUUGUGUUUCCAUCUUACCCGACUGUUAUUUUGUCAGCCGAUUCACUUAAAGGCGAGUGCUUCGAAGGUUUCUCGUUGAAGUGUUUCUCACAUGGAAUCGCUCACAUCAAAUAUCAAUUCGAGGCAUCAAAUUAUUGGAGCAGCACGACAACAUUUUUGGUUACUGGGAACCAGUGCAGCGAUGCAUGGAAAGCGUUGGAAUGGCUUUGGACACAACAAAUUUCUUCAUCAUAUUUCUUAUGCCCCAACGAAUUUGACAACAAUACGAUAAUCUACACCAUGAAUCCUUUCGGAGAUCGAGCCCCUGAACCCUGGGAGAAAAUCGAAACUCUAGACAAACCAUGUGAUGUAUGCACAUUCUACAAAAUGUCGUUUAUUAACGAUACUGAAAUUUGUUCAAGAGUAACUUUUGAUAAAGCAGAGUUCUUAAACGGAUACAAACUUUCCGAAUCGUUUACUGAAAAUAAGCGUUUCCGAAAAACGGAAAUUUUCUAUAAAAAUUUAUGGUCAGCUAUGAACAUUACUCCUGUUGAUUUCCUUAGCGAGGCGUUACUCGGACAUUUACAAAUAUCCACUAGCAAUUCAGAGGUAUUUGACACUUCCAUAAAGGGAUCAGAUAACGUUAUCCCAUACUUCGAGCAAGGGGGAUACAUCAUAGUGACACAAAAACAAACUUUUAUACCAACUCUCGAUCGAUCAAGUUAUUGACAGUUUUUUUACUUUUGAAAAAAUAGCUAUGUUAUCUGUUAUUUUAACAUUUAUUUUUUUGAUGAUGUUUCUCAACAACCGGUACGAUUUCAGUGCGACCGUUUUAGAUCUCUUAACGUUUCUUCUCGACAUGGGAACGUCAACUCCAAUUCUCCGACUCUCAAUGCGUAUCACUUUCAUGAGCUCAACGUUAUUUGCACUGAUUUUCAAUCCGGUGUUACAGGGGCAAGUGAUUUCUCUGUUAAGUAGACCGGGACAUAGAAAUGUCCAAAGUUUGAGGGACUUACAUGAUCAUAAUUAUCACGUCUACUUUACGUUUCACGAAAUCACAAACGAAUUACGUGACAGUCAACUAUGGGAUGAUGAUUCUUCUGCCAACUAUUGGCAUUGGUUACUUCAAGACUAUGAUCAAGAUGCUUGUCUGACAAA